AGGUGGUUCUCUGCGGGGGGUUUAACACUGUGUGUUCCAGGUGGUUCUCUGCGGGGGCUCUGCGAGGAUUCCUCGGCUGCAGCAGAUGAUCAAAGAUCUGUUCGCUGACGUGGAGCUGCUCAGCUCCGCCCCUCCUGAUGAGGUCAUAGCGGUCGGCGCAGCGAUGGAAGCGGGCCUUCUAGUCGGGCGGGAGAUUGGCUCCUCCCCAGAGUCUGUUACCGUGGAAGCCUGUGUCUCAGACAUUCUGCUCAAGGAGGUGGAUGAAACAGGGGCUGAGGUGUUCUCUGUGCUCCUCCCCUCGGGCACGCCCCUUCCUGCUCGGCGACAUCACAUCCUGUCUGGUCCUGGCCGCCUGGCAUCCCUCUGUCUGGAGCUUUACCAGAAAACCACAGAGCAGCCAGAGAGACUGGCCAAGAUUGUUCUGAGAGACCUGGAGACCAAAGAGGACAACCAUGACAUUGAUGCCGUGGUGACCAUGAAGAGGGACGGCUCUCUCCAUGUGAGCUGUGUGGAGCAGAACAGUGGGAAGACUGAAGCCAUCAGUAUAUCAGCAGCCUCCUGAUUUCACCACCAGCUCCGAGUUAAUGUCACUAUACUUGUUGAAGUUCCUUUUAAAGUUUAAAUAAAGACAUUUUGGUUUAA